AUGAGGGACUCCAGUAACAUCCACGUUGGUGGCCAUCGGAGUACUACCACAUUAUAUCGUGAGCCAGCCUAUACCCCUCGCCGAAAGAUUCGCGUCGUCACGAUUGGUGCUGGCUUUUCCGGUCUCAUCUUUGCCCAUAAACUACAACAUGAACAACCUGCCCUCCAAGGCUUGGUCGACCACACUAUCCUCGAAGCGCGCGCAGACCUGGGUGGAACUUGGUUGGUCAACCGCUAUCCCGGCGUGCAAUGUGAUGUCCCUGCACACAUCUACGCAUUUCCCUUUGAUCCCAAGACAGACUGGAGUCAUUUUUACGCAACUGGUCCUCAGAUCCAGGAGUACAUCAAGGACACGGUCCAAAAAUGGACUUUGGAUCGAGACGUGAGGCUCAAUCAUAAAGUGACGCAGACGUUGUGGCUGGAAGAGCGAUCUGAAUGGGAAAUCAAAGUUGACACUCCAGAUGGCGAAAAGACGCUAUAUGCGGACAUCCUAGUCUCGGGCCAGGGAGUUUUGAAUUCCUGGCGAUGGCCCAACAUUCCGGGUUUGGAAAGAUUUCAAGGCCACAAGUGCCACAGCGCAGACUGGGACCAAGGAUAUGACUACUCGAACAAAACCAUCGGUGUCAUUGGGAACGGAUCUUCGGGAGUGCAAAUCAUCCCUCAGCUCGCCGAGCUGCCAGGGACCAAGGUGAUUUGCUUCCAGAAAAGCUCUAAUUAUGUGUAUACGCCUUUUGCGCCGGCAACUCUCCUUGGUCGAGAUGACGCGUCGGGAAAUCCAGCCUACACUGAAGAAGAUAAGAGGAAGUUUCGAGAAGACCCAGAAUUCCAUCGCGACUACCGUCGAAAGAUCAUCCAUAAUAUCAAUGCCGGGUUUCGACGGUUCAUCAAAGAUUCACCUGAGAACAAACAAAUCACCGAAGUUGCUCGUGAGCAGAUGCGCCAAAGACUGCACAACGACCCCUAUCUAUGUGAAAAGUUGAUCCCGGAAUGGGGACUUGCGUGUCGUCGAAUCACCCCGGCCGAAGGCUAUCUCGAAGCCCUCCAGAAGCCCAACGUCGAACUAGUCGUUCAAGGGGUAGUCAGCGCGGACGAAGACUGCAUCACGUCGGCCGACGGUCAGACCUUCAAGGUCGAUGUGAUCGCUUGCGCCACAGGCUUCGACGUAUCGUGGAAGCCGUCUUGGCACAUGAUCGGAAGAAACGGGGUCGACCUCCGCCAAAAAUGGGACGCUGAUCCACGCGCGUACCUAUCGAUCGCGGCGGCCGACAUGCCCAACUACUUCAUGUUCCUCGGGCCCAACGCCGUCGUCACGCAUGGGUCACUCAUCGAGUCCAUCAACUGGUCGGCCGAUUACUUUCUCAAAUGGAUCCGCAAGAUGGCCGAGGAAGACAUCGAGACCAUCGUGCCACGAGCCGACGUGAUUGACGAGUUGAUCGACUAUGAAGAUGCCGUGCAUCAGACCAUGGUGUGGUCAGAUGGUUGUCGGAGCUGGUUCAAGCGGAACACCAUCCACGGCCGGAACGUGGCUGGGUUUGGUGGAAGUGCGUUGCUUUUCCGCCGGCUGGUCGAAGACCUUCGUCCUGAGGAUUUUGAUAUCAAGUAUAGGAAUGCGAACCGAUGGUCCUUUCUGGGGAAUGGAUUUACGAGCUUCGAGCUGGACACCAAGAAUAAUCUGGCAUGGUAUGUUGAAAAAUAA